AUGGCGGAAAAUAUUGCUGUGGUUUUGCACGGACCGUACGAUUUAAAAGUCGAAGAAUAUCCAAUACCAAUAAUAAAUGAUGAUGAAGUCCUAAUAAAAGUGAGCUGUGUCGGAAUAUGUGGUUCGGACAUCCGAAUUUAUACCACAGCAAGAUGCGGUAUGGAGUCAAUUACAGAACCUCUUAUCAUGGGUCACGAGGGUGCAGGAGUUAUCGUCAAAGUGGGUGCCAAUGUUACGAAUUUAAGGCCAGGUGACAGAAUUGCCAUUGAACCUACCCAGCCAUGUAGGUCCUGUGAGUUUUGUCGAUCCGGAAGAUACAAUAUCUGCGAGGAACCGCGCUACUGCUCCACGCACGGGUCGCCGGGAAACCUCUGUACAUACUACAAGCAUGUUGCCGACUUCUGUCACAAAAUCCCUGAUAACGUAAGUAUGGAAGAAGGUGCAGCAGUGCAGCCACUCGCGAUCGCAAUACACGCAUGUAAUCGCGCAGGAAUCAAACUGGGAACAAACGUCGUGAUAUUAGGUGCAGGACCUAUUGGAGUUCUGUGCGCUAUGACUGCGAAGGCUAUGGGUGCUGAUAAGGUUCUAAUAACAGAUUUGGUAGAAUCGAGGCUAAAGACGGCACAUAAAUUAGGAGCCGACUACACUCUCUUGGUGAACGAGAAAUACAGUGAUCAACAGCAAGUAGAAAAAAUUGUGGAAAUAUUGGGUACAACACCAAAUGUCACCAUCGAAGCUUGUGGGUCUACGUCAGCUCAGCGAGUGGCUAUGAUGGUAACGCGAACAGGUGGAACAGUUUUAAUCGUCGGUAUCGGCGAAGAGACUGCUGAGCUCCCGUUGAGUAACGCAAUGUUACGAGAAGUUAAUAUUAUUGGAGCUUUUCACCUUUUGAAUUCGUACCCAGCCGCAUUGUCUGCAGUUUCAAACCGAAAAAUUGACUUGAAAUCAUUAAUAACCCAUCACUUUCCUAUUCACAAGGCUAAGGACGCAAUAGAGCUGGCAAAGACUGGGAAAGCUAUGAAAGUCAUCAUCCAUGUAGAUCAAUAA